UGCUCGAGCCGCGAGUUCUGUAGUUCUGGUUCUAAAGUCAUGUGACCGCUCCAUUGUAAAACCUCAUGAGAAAACGGUUCACAUCAAGUACGACGCCAGUCAGUAGCUCAGAGACACUACCUCUCAAAAUGGGACUAAGGGACGAGCUCCUCAAGGCAAUAUGGCAUGCGUUCACAGCCCUGGAUGUGGAUAAAAGUGGGAAAGUGUCUAAGUCACAGCUGAAGGUGCUUUCCCAUAACCUGUGCACAGUGAUGAAGAUCCCUCAUGAUCCUGUAGCUCUAGAGGAACACUUUAGAGAUGACGAUGAAGGUCCUGUUUCCAAUCAGGGAUAUAUGCCUUACCUGAACAGGUUCAUUCUGGACAAGGUCCAGGAUAACUUUGACCGAAUAGAUUUUAACAGGAUGUGCUGGACUCUGUGUGCCAGAAAAAACCUCAACAGAAACCACCUCCUUAUCUCAGAUGAUGAUGCAUUUAAGAUCUGGUGCAUUUUUAACUUCCUCUCUGAGGAUAGAUAUCCACUGGUCAUGGUCUCAGAGGAGAUAGAGUACUUGCUUCGUAAGCUAACAGAAGCCAUGGGUGGCAGUUGGAUUGAGGAAAAGUUUGAAGAAUACAAGCUCCAGCUGAGCAGCAAGCACCAGUGUCUGAAUGUGUGGGAGGUGAUUGAGUUGGUGGGUAUGGGUCACUUCAGUAAGGGCAUGGACCGCCAGACCCUCUCCAUGGGCAUUAAUGAAGUGUUCCAGGAACUUAUUCUGGAUGUGCUCAAACAGGGUUACAUGAUGAAAAAAGGCCACAAAAGGAAGAACUGGACUGAACGGUGGUUCCUGUUGAAGCCCAACUUAAUAUCAUACUAUGUUAGUGAAGAUCUUACAGAGAAGAAAGGAGACAUACUACUAGAUGGAAACUGUUGUGUUGAGUCCUUACCUGAUAAGGAGGGGAAGAAGUGCCUUUUCUACGUCAAGUGUUCAGACAAAAGCUUUGAAAUCAGUGCCUCCGAUAAAAAGAAAAAACAAGAAUGGAUUCAAGCUAUUCAGACUUGUAUCACACUCCUGAAGGUGGGACGUCCAGCUCCACACCACGAGGCACGGCAGAAACGGCGAGAGUUACGACAGAAACAACAGGCUGAGCAGGAAGAACUGGAGCUGAGGAUGAGAGAGCUGCAGACGGCCAAUGAGAACAAACAGAGAGAGCUGGAGGCCAUGAGGAAGAAACUGGAGGAGGCCGCAGCCAAUGCAGCAGAAGAAGAACACAGACGUCUGCAGACCCAGAGCGAGCUGCAGGAUCUUUACCGGGUGGAAAUGGAGAAAGAGAAAAUGGUGCGGCAGCAAAUGGAGGAACAGGUGGCUCAAAAGUCCAGUGAGUUAGAGCAGUACCUGCAGCGCGUACGAGAGCUGGAGAACAUGUACCACCGUUUAGAAGAAGCACUGGAGGAAGAAAGACAGGCCAGACAAGAUGAGGAAACUGUCAGAAAACUACAGGCCAGGCUGCUGGAGGAGGAGGUAUCCAAGCGUGCAGAGCUGGAGCAGAUACACCUGUAUCAACAGCAGACCAUUUCCCAGACACAAGCGGAGAAACAGGAGCUGGAACGAGAGCGGCUGGCGAAGGAGAGCGCUUUGCAGUCUGCCAUGCAGCAGCUGCAGCAGCUGGAGGCUGACAGACGGGGUGCACUGGAGGAAUACGAGGAGGUGAUGAAGAAACUAGCAGAUGCUGCUAAUAACACAAAGAGCUGGAAGGACAAGGUGACUCAUCAUGAAGGACUCAUACGGCUCAUUCAGCCAGGUCCCAAGUACCCUCAGAAAAUCACAAACUGGGGACCUGCAGCUUUCACAGAGAAAGAACUGAGUCUGAGAGAGAAAGACUGGCAGGAAAAGAAAAACAGGCCUCCUACACCCCAGUAGUGUGUCCAGUCUGUAGAUCUGCUGUCCUGUUAAUACACGUUACUGUAGAUCAGGGGUGUCAAACUCAGUUCCUGGAGGGCAGGAGCCCUGCAGUUUAGAUGCAACCCUAAUUAAACACACCUGAUCCAGCUAAUCAAGUCCUUCAGGCUUAUUUGAAAGCUACAUGGUAUGAAUUUUGGAGCAGGGUUGGAACUAAACUCUGCAGUGCCCUCCAGGAACAGAGUUUGAUACCCCUGCUGUAGAUAGUCACUAGUGAAGUGUAUAUAUAUAUAUAUAUACUGCCUCUGUGGGAUUAGCCUCGGACCACACUAAAACUGUAGGCCACUUGACUUUACACAGUAAAGCUGAGCCUGGCCUCAUCUGAAGAAUUGUCUCACCAUUCCAAUAUCUACUAACAUUCCAGUGUCAUUUUGUCCUUUGAAGUGAUUUUAUACUUUUUUUUUUUUUUUUUUUUUUGUAUGAUGUUCUACAUCUUGUGAAUGUAUUCAUUUUGGUGCAUUUCCACCAAAGUAAUGGCAGAUUUUUCUUCCCUAUAGUUCAUGAGUUUUAAAAAAUAUUUUUUUUAAAGUAAAAAAAAUAGUGAAUAACAUAACUGACCAAGUAAAUAUUGUGGAAAAAAAAAAGUGUAAUUAUGCAUGCAUUGCAUUGUCAUCUCUAAUUUAGUUUUUAACAAGUAUCAAAAAUGUCAAUUUUACAAAUUUAAAUAGUAAUAAAGCAUGCAAAAUGGACUAAUAAAUCAUUUUGUAAUUAAUACUUGUGCUAGAACAAUUGACAUUGCUGGAACGUAUAUAGCAGUUGUUCACAUACUGUAAAGGCAAUCUCAUUCAAGGAGACAUGACUGCAGUAUUAACUAAUUUAUAUGCUCAAUUUAUUAACACAAUUGUGUUUUUACUGCAAUUUAUCUGUGUUUUUGGGAUUAUUCAGUUAUGUACAAUACCGUACCAAACUGUUGUUUGCCUUAAACUAAUGUCCAGAUUUAAGCCUGAGACCGUAUUGUUUGUCAUUCAAUAAAGGCAUUAUUUAAUAGUUGUAAAUGAUUGGUUUUCAGGAGUAAUAAGAGUAAUUUUGUUGAGUGGAUAGAAAGUGAUGGUGGAUUUUAAGGCCACUAGGGGUCGAUAGAUCGCUGUCUUUUUACUGCUGCUUGUAGAAACAGUUGGGAUAUUAGGUGCGAAGGAAACUUAAAAUGGGUUUGAAGGGGACAUGGCUAUUAUUUGAAAUGUUUAGAUGUAAUUUAUGUAUUCAUAAUUUAUAAUUUAAGUUUAAAACCAAAUAGUCUAAACUUUUAUAGUGGAAUGUCACGAUUAUGUCAGUUUCAAAAUGUACUCAAAAUUGUAUUAUUGAGAUGUAUUACAUAUAAUGAAAGAUGAUGGAUCUUGAAAGUCAAAUUGUGAAUGAGAGGGGCAGAAGACUGUAUUAACUGGUGUGUGCAUAAAUGUGUUCCUGAUCAAGCGUGACGCAAGGCUAUUAAAAAGGUUGGCCACCUUUCAGGCCACCAUCAUUCUCCAUGGAUAUGAUAAUUGGAUUCCUGAUACACUCACAGUUUCCAUAAACUAUUUCUGUAUAAGUAAUUGAAAAUCGCUCGUAGUCUAAACAAUCAAAGCACAAAUUUAACUUUGACUUGGUGGAAUGAAGAUGUAUCGUUAGCUUAAUUUCUCAAUGGGGAGCAAUGUAUUCAGAUAACAGGGAGGAAAUUGAAUUUCUUAUUUAGCAUGCUUGCUCAUGUACAGGAUGGAAUGAUUAAAAUGAGAUUGGAAUUGUGAUUAUUU